AUGUCUAAAACCAGUUACUUGGAGAAAAAUUUUGAAUCCUCACACUACAAUAAAGUACGUCCCUCUUAUCCACAAUCUUUGGUUAAUGAGGUAUUAGCCUUCCAUAGGGGCCCGGACAGGAAUUUAGUGGAUGUUGGAUGUGGUACAGGAAAGGCGACAUUUCUCUUUGAGCCUUAUUUUGAAAAUAUCACUGGCAUUGACCCAUCUUCCGCCAUGCUCUCAAUUGCAGAGAAAGAAAAAGCUGAACGUAAAUUGGGAGACAAUGUUAAAUUCAUUAACGCCCUUGGUGAAGACUUAUCCAGUAUUGAAUCAGGAACUGUUGAUAUGGUUAUCAGCGCGGAGGCAAUUCAUUGGUGUAAUCUAGACAAGCUAUUUCAACAAGUUACGUCUGUAUUACGCAGAGAUGGAACUUUUGCAUUUUGGUUUUAUAUUCAACCGGUAUUUGUGGAUUUUACUCCAGAAGCGUCAAAUGUAUACUACAAAUAUUGUUGGAGUAAGGAUUACAUGGGCAAAUACUUGGAUGAAAACCAAAGGGAAGUUUUAUUGAAUUAUGGCGGUGAAAUGCUACGUUCUUUAUUACCAGAGAUAUUUAAAGAUGUCGAGGUCUCCAUUUAUAACCCUUCAGACCCAGAUACAUCAACAGUUACGGCUGAAGAAAAUAAAUUUCUCUGGCGCACAACUAUCACUUUGACACAAUUAAAGCAGUUUGUAAAAAGCUGGAGCAUAUACGCUUCUUGGAUUAGAGAUCAUCCUGGUGAAUCAGAUAUAGCGGAUAUCUUUAUAGAUGAAAUGAAAGAGGCUUGUCAUUGCGAUAACUUGGACUUACCUUUGAAUGUAGAGUGGUCUACAUUCUAUUAUCUUUGUAGGAAGAAGGAUUAA